AUGCGUCGCCUCGUUUACGUCGAGGGACUGAACCCCCGUUAUCGUCGAGCGGAAUCGAAUGAGUCGCUGGUUGCCGAGGAGAACUACCUCAAGAUAAACGAGGAGUGCAUAUCUGGCAUCUUUGGACACUUGAAUGUGCGAAAUGAUACACUCGAGUUUACUGCCUUGUAUGCUAAAGACAAUGCACCCUGUCAAGCAGUCUGGCGCUACGACACAAAGGGCAACCGAGUGCGUGUCUCCGCGAGAACCGGUCACCUGCUUCCUUUGCCUGUGGCUGCACGCAUUCUCGACGAUCUCACCGAUCCCGAGACUGUCGAAGCCGGUGAUAAGGAUACGCCCGCAGAGGUGGUUGCGAAGCAAACCGUCGAUUUUGUUAGUACUCCCCGCUUGGAGACCUUUGAGGAGGAGCUGACGCGUCUGUAUGCUCCACUAGACAAGCGGAAACGGUUCCCCACGUACUGGUACUGA